AGGUUGAAUUUGUCAAAAAUGGAAAUAGCAAACUUCUUUUAGGGGUAAAAAUGCAAACAUAAAAUAACUUUAAUUUGCCUAUGACAUAAAUAACCAAAUAAAAAAGACAAACAGUUCACCUGAUCUUCUAAUAAAAAAGAGGGGAAUGCCGUUAUAAUAAAACCCAAAUUCAUCAGUCAUUUUCUAGGAUAAUAAAUCGCUUAAUAUGGAAACAUGUUGUGAGUGCUUCCUCAUACUGCGCCGCCUUAAUAUCUAAUUCGAGCAAUGCAAAUCCCUACUGUUUAACAGGCAUGAUAAGGUAACACAGCUGUCUGCUGUGAUAAUCAUAGUGGAGGCACAGGUAAAUUAUUUAAACAAUGUAAAUGGGCGUGUUCCUCCUUUCCUGAAGACUUCAGGCUGAAGCAACAUCAUAUGAUCCGGGCAUACAGUCCAUCGAUCCGGGGCCGUCCGCCAAACUUCCUGUUUGUUGGAGAGGACACAACAACAUUGUUUCAGCAGCCACGAUGAAUACAGCCUGAAGCACAUGAGCAGCUCAAUGGGCAGCAAGAGGCAGAAAGCAGAGGAUGGCGGAGAGCAGACUCUUAUUGCACCUCUACCUGCUACUGGUGGGGAUCUCCUGGACCAAGAUGCCUCCACACCAGGGUUCGUCUAUGUGUUGGCGUUCUUCUCUGCCCUGGGAGGAUUUCUCUUUGGUUAUGACACCGGGGUGGUCUCCGGGGCUAUGCUGCUCCUGAAGGAGGAGAUGAACCUGAGUGCUCUGUGGCAGGAGCUGCUGGUUUCCAGUACUGUUGGGGCUGCGGCGCUCUCUGCCCUGAGUGGAGGCUUCUUAAAUGGUUGGCUGGGGCGCAGGAUCUGCAUCCUUUUGGCCAGUUUCAUCUUCAGCAUCGGUGGCAUCGUCUUGAGUUUAGCCCCGAACAAGGUGGUUCUCCUUUUGGGCAGAAUCACAGUUGGUUUGGGCAUAGGCAUUGCUUCUAUGACAGUUCCUGUAUACAUCGCCGAGGUUUCUCCCCCUCACCAGAGAGGUCAGCUGGUCACCAUAAACUCCCUCUUCCUCACUGGUGGCCAGUUCAUUGCCAGUGUAAUCGAUGGAGCUUUCAGCUACAUGAGCCACGACGGCUGGAGGUACAUGCUGGGUUUGUCCGUUUUCCCAGCAGUGCUGCAGUUCGUCGGCUUCCUCUUCCUGCCGGAGAGCCCUCGUUGGCUUCUCCAAAAGGGCAGGAACCAAGAGGCCCGCCAAACUCUCAGCCGGAUUAGAGGGGGCCAGAACAUUGACGAGGAGUACGACACCAUCAAAACCGUCAUUGAGGAAGAGGAGAAAGAGACUGGUGGAGGACGCUUUGUUAUUUUGCGGAUCCUUCGCCAUGGCCCGACUCGAAGGGCUCUUAUCGUUGGCUGCGGCCUCCAGAUGUUUCAGCAGCUGUCUGGGAUAAACACCGUCAUGUACUACAGUGCAACCAUUCUGCAGAUGGCCGGAAUACGGGAUGUUAAACAGGCAAUCUGGCUGGCUGCUGCAACUUCUGCUACCAACUUUGUGUUCACCUUAGUUGGAGUCUGGCUGGUGGAGAGAGUGGGCCGCAGGCACCUGACCCUUGGCAGCCUUUUUGGUACUGCUCUGAGUCUGACUUUGUUGGCCGUCGGAUUCUUGCUAUCUGCCCAGUAUUCUCCGCCUAUCACCCUCCACCCAGUCGACUCUCAAAACUCAACCUGCAGAUUGUAUGGAUCCUGUGAACUCUGCAUGUUGGAUCCGGACUGUGGAUUUUGUUAUCGUGAAAACGGCACCGGAGUGUAUGACUCCUCCUGCGUUCCUGUCAAUCAAGUGUCCACAGAAGACGCCGCCUGGGGAAGGUGUUCCAACCAGACAGAGGCAACUGAUAGCCCCAUCUGGGCCUACAACUACUGUCCAACAUCGUACUCCUGGGUCGUCCUGCUGGGCCUCAUCCUCUACCUUGCAUUCUUUGCUCCAGGUAUGGGCACCAUGCCUUGGACAGUGAACUCGGAGAUCUACCCACUGUGGGCUCGCAGCACCGGCAACGCCUGUUCAGCCGGGGUCAACUGGAUCUUCAACGUCCUGGUGUCUCUGACCUUCCUUCAUGUCGCUGAGUAUCUGACCUAUUACGGGGCGUUCUUUAUGUACACCGGCCUGGUUGUUUUGGGUAUCCUCUUCGUCCAGGGUUGCCUCCCAGAGACCCGGGGCCUGCAGCUGGAGGACAUCGAUAACCUGUUCACCGGUCAGCUCUGUUCCUGUGGAGCCUCCUCACCCCGUGAUAAAGGCCACGUCCACUACAUCCGGCAAGGUUCGGAAAUCCGCCCAGCACAAUAUGGAGCGGUGGGGUCAGACAGUGCCAUAGCCUACAUAACUGUAAGUACUGCAUCAAGGUGCUAAUAACUUCUGCUAUCCUACAUAUACACACACAUACAAUAUGCCUUUUAUAAUGAUUAAUAUCUUUGUUUUUGCAGCUCAGAUAAUGGUGACCAAGUAGCCCUGAACAACUUAAUAGCAAAGCACCUUUGUUUACAACAUCCUAUUUGCACAGGCACGCUUCAAUUUGCACUUCAAAAUCUUAACAACUACAAGAUUUUUUAAAAUUCUGAUGCAGUCUUGUUUUUUAUUAAACUGCAAGCUAGAAAUUCCCAUUCCAUGUUUGUGCAACUGAUGUGUUCCCUUUUUAAAUGUUUUAUUUUAGAACAAUCAUUAUUUUCUAGUGAUGUUUUUUUUUUUGUAAUGUACAAGUUUUCUGAUGAGUAAAAUAUUUGGAAAUGGCACAAAAACAUUAAUAUUUAUGGGAACAAAAUUUUCCAAUAUUUCUAAACACAUUUUGUGGUUACAGAUUUCACACAAAAUGUCAUAUUUGUGUGUGUAUAUAUAUAUAGUUGUUGAAAACUCACCAGCCUGUGCAAGAACUUAAAAAGGGAAAAUGUAUUUGUAUAUGUAUUCAAAAUACUGACAGACAUUUUGUACACUUAUGAAGUUAAUUUAUUGUUGGGUGGACAGUAAGGAGUGUUAUGAAAAGGAAAACCAAGUUUAUAGGUCAUAGAUCCAUUUGACCUCAUGACAAAUGAGAGGUGUUCAUGUUGCUACUGUUUUGUUUAUAUUUUGUGUAUGAAAUGCUCAUGCUGUAUGUACAAUUACAUUCCAUGUCUCUUUGAUCAUGUUCUGUUCUGUGAUCUUUGGGAAAUAAAUAUACACACUUUGAAG